UAUAUGUCUUCUCAUAAAAGCUACUCCCAAAACUUUUGUUGCAUGAACUGUUCUUAAUAAUAUAAAUUAAGCUUAUAAAAGUUUUCUCUCUUCCACUUCCACACAACCGAACCAAGAAGCCAAGAACACAAUCUCAUUCUCAUCUGAGACUUUGCCCGUUUGAUUACCCAACUGAACACCCUAACCAGAUUUUGAACUUCACACCCCAACCCCACUCUCUUCUCUUUCAAUUUAUUUUCACGAUUUUACCAUUUGGGGCUUUUUUUCUCUUGUGGGCAAUGGAGUCCACAACCACACCAUCUUGGGAAGAAGAUGAAUGGAAUCUCUGCAACGACAAUGGCUUUGUCUAUAAGCGCUGGAGGAAGUCCCAACUUGACCCAUUAACCGAUGCCGUCCCACCUCCGCCGGAUUCCGGUCCGGAUCCCGAGGCGGAGGAGAUGGUUCGGAGAGAGCGGAAGAGGAAGACGCUGUUGAAGCUCAAAGCUCAGUACCAGAGGGAAAUUGACCAGUGGGAGUAUUUAUCGAAUACCUUGUGUGCAAUGGAGGAAACUACGCUUCAGCUCCAACAACAACGGCGUCAAACGGUGGUUUCGGACUCUUCUCCGUUACCGGUGGUUCCGCGAACGGUUUCCGUUUGUGGGUCACUGGUUCAAGAACUUGUGUUGCAGGUGGAAACUCAGGAAGCAAUUAUUAGAGAUGCUUCAAAUCUUUGUGAUAUAGCAGAAGCAAUUUGCAAUGCUCAUGAGGAAGAGACAAAUCAGUCUUUAAUCGAUCUCCCGAUAUGGGCUGUACCAGCUUCACCGCGAGAGCUUUUAGCAUCACUUUGUGAUUAGUGAGUAUUUUCUUUUUCUUCUUUUGUUGAUGAUUAUUUGGUUGGGUUUUUAUUAGUAAGGAAACAAACAGGAGGGUCUUCCACUGCUAUUGGUGAUCCCUACCUUCAAAAGUAAUCUCACUGUUUAAAUUUUACUGUAAUUUGUCGUGUAGAAUUUCUUUUUCUUUUUUUACCUUUUGUAGUCAUUUUAUUAGUGGAAAGUUUGUAAGUAAUCUUCCUAUAAUGAGGAUAAGAAAUAUGUGCAACUUAAAACUGAGUGUUGUUUAGGAGUAAGCAUUGUACCAUGCUGUAAGUUCUCUAUAGCCUGUAUAUUUUGUCAUGAAAUUUACUCAUCAUGUGUUGAAUGUUGUA